GGCGCAGCCCAGAGGAGCGUGGAGACCGUGCCUGGGCAGGCCGGGCUGCUAGGAUGGCGCGGGGCAGGGCAAUGCAGACCACGGGCUUGGGCCGGGCGCCAUGGCUGCUGUUCUGCCUUGCACUAAGCCUGGAGGCCGCCCCGACCCAGGACCCGGGCCCCAGUGCUGGCUCCUGCCCACCCACCAAAUUCCAAUGCCGGACCAGUGGCUACUGCAUGCCUCUCACUUGGCAAUGUGAUGGUGACUGGGAUUGCACAGAUGGCAGUGAUGAGGAAGAGUGCAGGACUGAACCAUGUGCUCAAAAUGGGCAGUGUCACCCACCCCCUGUUCUCCCUUGCUCCUGUGACAACAUCAGUGAUUGCCCUGGUGGCACCAAGGGGAACCUUUACAACUGCAACCAACAGCCCUGCCCAGAGGGUCAACAACGUUGCAUGCUGAGUGAUGCCUGCAUUCCUUACACGUGGCACUGCGAUGGCCAUCCAGACUGUCCUGACUCUAGUGAUGAGCUUGGCUGUGAAACCACAGAAACUGACAAGAUCUUCCAGGGAGGGAAUGCCACAACUAUGGGGACCCCUGUCACCCUGGCAAGUGUCAUCUCUCUCAGGAACGCCACAACUGCCUCUGUCCGGGACCCAUCUGGAAAUUCAAGUGCCUAUGGAGUUAUUGCAGCUACUGGGGUGUUGAGUGCUAGCCUGGUUGCUGCUGCCCUCCUCCUAUUGUUGUGCCUCCGAGUCCAGGGUUAUUUCCCCCCUCUGGGACUGCUGGUGGCUGUGAAGGAGGUGUUGCUUCUGUCAGAAAGGAAAACUUCACUGCUUUGAAGAUGGGUUAUCACCACCUGGCCCUCAGUGCUGCCAGAUUGGGCAAGAGCUAUAGUAGAGGCAUGCAGGCAACUGCUGGCUUCUCAGCCCUCAAAAGACCUGAACUUUUCUGGCCACAGAGAAUUGUGACUACAAGCUCUUGCAGAUGUGGGCAUGGAGGCUGGGAUCCUCAGACACUGCUUAUAUAUGGAGAGCUUGGAUGGAGAACGUAUCACAGACAGAAUGGAGGAGCUAGUCACAGACUGACCUGUGCUUUGACACUCCUGCCCCCAUUGAUGGGUGGCAAUUAAAGUUCCUUCCCAUUCUCUGCC